AUGUCUCCAUUUCCUCUGAUUUCUGGAGUCACAAAACAUUAUUCUUUCAGACAUCCUAUUUCAGAAGCAAGCGAAGGCUAAUUUCUGUUUUCAUCACACUGGUGUGGCUUAUAUGUGGCUGUCCCAGCCACUCCUGGUCAGGAUAACUGGGACCUGAGUGUGGAUGUCUCCCUCCACAAAUGCUACAGGAGCAUGUUCCAAGUAGGAGCCUCAUGAGGAGUUGUUUCAGUUUGCUAUAUAUGUCUGGCAGCCACAAGGACCCUGUUUUGGGAUUUUCCUUCAUUAGUGCUUAACCUUGUUACCUAGUGUGAGACUGUGGCACAGGUAACCAGUAGUGAGUGCCAGUGCCCUGUCAGGCAUCUGCUGUGUGCAGUGAGCAGCUGGAAAUGGAGGCUGGGAGCAGCUCUGGUCUCCUGGCAAUGCUGCAGCGAGCUCUGCUGCGCACACUGUCUGGCUUCUCCAUCUCACUGCAGUGGUAGGUUGGGAUGUCCCCAAGGUGAGCAGUGGCAGCGGGAGCAGGGCCUGUGCGAGCUGCCUGGUGCUGGGCAGGUCAGCCUCAAACAAAGAGGGAACAGGUCCAAAACUGAACAAAUGUGUGUGGUAGGUAAUAAACACAUUAAUGUCCAAACAUGCUACUGGCAUCCUCUGGUCUCCACCUGCCAGAAAGCCCAAGGGAAGCCCAAACCAGCCAGCACCCGGGUGGGUUGUGUGGUGCUUCUUGUAGCCCAUCUUGUUGGGAGCCUGCUGCCUGUGUGCAACCAUGCUCCCUGUAAGGACCAUUCACUGUGGAGCAAGGUCAAACCGUGCUCAGCUGCCUCUGGUCGAGUCAGAAUGUACGUGAGAGAGAGGUGGGUUUAAGGAAAAUGUCCUUUGCUGGGUAUGAGUUCCGAUGCAAAAGCACAAGUUUUAGCAGGCUUUUCCCAUUGCCUCUGGCAAAACUAGAGCUGUGCCAGGGGUGGUGUCCUCAUUAUAGUGCUGGGCAGCGUGCUCUGCACUGAGCUCGAGCAUCUGGGCUGUGCUCCAGUUAUCGAGGAUUUCUCACUGUCAGAACCAGUGUUUUCAGCACCUCUGCGUGUACUCAGCUCCAUCCUAAUUCAAACUACAUGUACCCUGCAUUUGUGUCCUGACAGAUUCCUUGCUGGUGCCCAUGCCACCCACACCUUUGGCACUGUCACACUCAAUCCCUGUUGUGAACUCGGUUGUAGAUGCUGAUGUGAGACGGCAGCCGAAGGGCCUGCUGCUGAAUACCAAGGGAAAGAGAAAGGAAACGGCAUGUCAGAGCCCUGCCAAGAUGUGCAGAGCGGCUGGAGGGAGCUGUGACCGAGCUGCUCUUUCCCAGGGAGGAUUCUCCACCCCGUCCUGGGUGGGAUCUCAGCGGUCCUGCUUAAAGCUGAGCAGAUGGGCUUGGAGUUCAGUUGCCCCAGCCAGGACUGCUUGCAGGGGCACGGGAAUAGCUUCUGCCCAGGACAGUGACACGCUGCAGUUCACCCUCCCCAUGGAAGAGAUUGAAGCCAGAGAAGCCUGCGACUGGCUGAGAGCUGCCGGGUUCCCCCAGUAUGCACAGCUGUUUGAAGAUAUGCAGUUUCCUAUUGAUGUAAGAACUGUAAGGAAAGAUCAUGAAUUUUUAGAUGGAGAUGCCAUUGACUCACUAUUCAGGCGGCUUAACACACUGAACAAAUGUGCAUCACUGAAAGUGGAGAUAAGCCGUCAGAGGAAACAGAGUGACGACUCUGACGACGACGAACCUUGUGCAAUAAGUAACAAAUGGGCUUAUGAGAGGUGCAGUCAAAGAUGGUCUCGUAUCGAGAGCACAGAAGGUUUCCCAGGAAAGGAAGGUGCUGGUGCACCAGUCCCAGGCAGUCCAAUACCAAACAGCACCAGCAAUGAGGAUGCAACCUUUCUGGAUCCUGGCAGGAAACAUGAUGUGUCCUCAGUUCACAGUGCUAGCAGUGGUGACAGUGACACUGUUAGCUGCCCAAAACCUUUUGAAGAUGCAGAAACCAGCGCAAGUUCUUCAAGAUGCUCCUCAGUUAAGGUGGCUUCACUGGACUCUAGUUUUAGUUGUUCCCUUCCCCCCAGUGAAUUUUUAAGUACCACCAGUGAGGAGAAGCUUUUGGAUAAGUCACCCUAUAAAAAAAGGAAGAGCCUUCUAAAGAAAAUGGAGAAGUUGCAUUUAAGGAGCUGCAACUUAAGGAGUGGUCAGUCAAAGGCCAAACCUAUGAUAAGUGAACCUGUUCUUCUGGAAGGACUUAAUGAAGAGAAGAUGAAGAUGCUGAACUGUGUAAAUAUUUCUGACCUCUCUGGCUUCCAAAUAAAGAAUAAUCCUUCUUUUUCUCCCCACAGUUUCAACAGCAGCAAUCAGUCUGAAAACAGCAGCACUGUGAGUGCUCCAAGUCCUGCUAUUAACCCACACAGCCACUGUGAAGGAAGGGGGGUAUAUGCAGAGGACUUGGAUUCCAGCAAACUCUUUCUGUGGAAUGAUCUAUCUCAGCAAAACCUCAAAAAUGACAUGAAGUUGCAAAUGAACCAGAUGUUUCAAAUACCACAAGGCCAUAAACCUGGCACCUUCCCCAUAGCACUUACAAGUAGCUCUCUGGCUCCAGUAGACAACUCUUCUGUCAACUGGAGAACUGGGAGUUUUCAUGGGUGCAGAAGAAACCAGAUCAGAAGCAGUUCCAAGGACUCCAAAGUCCCCAGGAGUCACCUUUCAUGUGCAGAUAACAGGAUGAGCAUAUAUGACAACAUGCCUAACACAGAACUUGAUAAUUUGGAAGCAGCACAAGCUGGUGAUGAUGAUGUAUUUUCAGAACUGAACAGUGUUAUAGAAGAUGUCAAUGGUCUCAAACAAUUGGUUGCUCAGUGGACAGAGGAAUUCUCAGAUGAUGGGGAUUCAGAUUUUGCCAGUGACUCGACCUCUUUGUUUCCAUCCUCACCUAAAGGAAUCUGCCAUGAAACACACGGCUCAGAAGAUAAGAGAGCAGGACUCCCUGCCACUGUGGGAGAGAGCUGCUGCGAACCGGACAAAGAGGCCAGUUCUGCAGGCCUGGCAUACGUGGCAGAGUCUAGAAAGACCAGCAGGCAUGGGAAGCAACACUGGUCUGUGGAAGAGCAUGUGAACCUGGGAAUCCUUUCCCUGCAGACUGAGGACCAGUCAGCAGCCCAGCUAGCCCGGACACAAAAACUGGCUUUGCUGAAACUCACCACUUUGAUGGACAGAUACUCCCCUUCCAGUAAGCAAGGCUGGAACUGGACUAUACCAAGGUUCAUCAAAAAAAUAAAAGCCUCUGACUACAAGGACAAGAAUGUGUUUGGGGUUCCUUUACUCCUGAACGUCCAGAGAACAAGCCACCCACUCCCUAAUGGCAUACUCCAAGCACUGGACUACCUAAGAAGCCACUUCCUUGACCAGGUUGGCCUGUUCCGAAAAUCCGGUGUUAAAUCCAGGAUUCUGUCUUUAAGAGAAAUGAAUGAAACCAGCCCGAACAACGUGUGCUAUGAAGGGCAGUCGGCAUUUGAUGUAGCAGAUAUGGUGAAGCAGUAUUUCCGAGACCUUCCCGAGCCCAUCUUCACUAGCAGACUCUGUGAAUCCUUCCUCCACAUCUACCAAUAUGUGCCAAAGGAUCAGCAGUUCCAGGCUGUCCAGGCUGCAAUUGUCCUUCUCCCAAAGGAAAACCGAGAAGCUUUGAAAAUCCUCCUGUUCUUCCUGCGAGAUGUGGUUGCUUUUGUGGAGGAAAACCAGAUGACCCCAACCAACAUUGCUGUCUGUCUUGCACCGUCUUUAUUUCACCUCAACACCCUGAGGAGGGACAGUACCUCCUCCUCUACUAGAUCCAGCCAGAGGAAGUGCAGCCUGGGGAAGCCGGACCAGCGGGAGCUGAGUGAGAACCUGGCAGCGACGCAGGGCUUGGCGCACAUGAUCAUGGAGUGCAACAGACUCUUCCAGACUGACUUCCCGGCGUGACCUCGGCCUCUGCUGCUCACCGCGGGCUCGCCUGGCGAUCAGAGUGCCCUGACCCUGGCUGCUGUCACCGCCCCUCCCUCGCUGGCUCACCCCCUGCCUCCACCUUGGACC